CGGUGUUGACGGUACUCAGUCGUAACCCGUCGUUUGCCUGAACAAAAGGGAGCUAAGAGAGAGAGAGAGAGAGAGCUGCUGCAGAGCCUCUCCGUUUUCUCACGCUUCGCCCGCGCGCCGCGUCGUGUCUCCAUGGGGGGCCACGGGAACGAGCCCGAGACCAUCGACUACUCGGUGCACGAGGCCUGGAACGAGGCGACCAACGUGUACCUGCUGGUCGUCCUGGUCAGCUUCGCCCUGCUGAUGUACGCCAGAAAAAACAAGAGGAAGAUCAUGCGCAUCUUCACUCUGCCCCCCACCGUCGGCAGCAGCCCGGAGCCGAACUUCUACGACAGCCUGCAGAAGGUCCGCCUGCGGCAGCAGCUGGAGAUGUACUCUCUGGCCAGGAAGUUUGACCAGCAGCAGGGCCAGUCGGACAGCGUGCAGCUCUCCAUGGAAUGAGGGCAGGGAGGAGGAACUCGUCCAUCUCUGGGCGUCUUCAAGCCCUCUGUGUAGAAGGAUUUCAACGGUGGCGCCCCCCCCCCCCCGCCCGAUCAGAGGCGGAGCCAAAAGCGCUACGCCGAGACGCUCUUCCUUCCCAUUGUGUUGUCUUGUCUCUCCCCUCCCCCCCCUGUCUAUAGUGGAGUAAAUGCAGCUGGGUGGAUGGAGAAGCAGCACAGGGAGAUCCUGGCAUCGAGCAGAGACUGAUGGAUUGAGACGUGAAGAACCUGCACUGCAGCAAACGUCACGGACACUCAGAUUUAAAUUAAAGAACCAUGAAGAUUUCUUUGCACAUCGAACACGAUCCUAGUUUCCAUUCCAUUCGUGUUUCUUUACUUUGUUAAAUGUCAUUUGUGGAGUGAAAUUAAGAUUCUCAAAUGUGAAAAUAAAGAUAACCAUCAGUCAAUGUCUUGAUUAUCAGACCCGA